CGUCAAAUACCUGCACUGAAGACAUCUCUCUCACUCAUCAUUCUUCGCAUGACUGAGGCCGACUUCGACGCAAAUUGGACAAAUCGAGAUGCAAUAAUGCUACACGCACCCUAGUGCAUUGCCAGGCUUGGUUGGUACUGGGUUCAAGACCUUGAAAUGGACGAAGAUGGUGGCAUCGUCAAUCCCACCCUGUCCAUUAUUCCCUACGACAACAAUCGUGACAUAGUCCUCCGUCAUGCAGACACUAUCGUUUAUCGAGAUCCGAGGACAAACCAGCUUGUCCCUUUCCACCAUAACCAAGAUGUACAACGAAGGCCAUCGGAUUGUCCAACAUGCGGUCGACCUUGGCACAACCAAGGAGGCUCGACGGCAUCCGAGUCGGAAGCGGGCCCAUUGGAAGAGCAGCCCAGCUUCAUCACCCAUGACUACUUUGAGAUGCUGGCUCGAAGUCUUCCAGGCUCCAACGAAACAUCUGCACCAUCUUCGCCACGACAGCGUCUGGUUCAGCCAGUGCGCUCGCGGCUUCAUGCAUCGACUCCAUUGACAGCCUCACCACCUCCGAACGCCGAGUUCGUGGCAAGUGCUCCUGCGGCUCCAACGCAGGCCCAUGGCAUCUCAGAGACAGCAUUCUCUCCGAAUUAUUUUGAGAGGUUCUUCAUCGAGGACCGAGAACUCGGCAGAGGUGGGAGGGGUGUCGUCCUACUCGUCAAGCACGUCUUAGACGGUGUCAAUCUGGGCUAUUUCGCUUGUAAAAGAGUCCCCAUCGGAGACGACCAUGCUUGGCUGGAGAAGGUGCUGAUCGAGGUCCAAUUACUGCAAACGCUGUCACAUCAAAAUCUGGUUUCGUAUCGACAUGUCUGGCUAGAAGACUAUCAGAUCAGCACAUUCGGGCCAAGUGUGCCGUGCGCGUUCAUUCUCCAACAAUACUGUAAUGGAGGUGAUAUGCAUAACUAUGUACUCGGAUCAGCACAAGCAGGCACAACCACACAAGAGCUCAAAGAACGCAUCCGCCGGCGGUCGAAAGGCGAGGCUGAAUUACCUCGGCGACCGAAUGAGCCGAAGAGACUUCCAUUCGACGAGAUCUACAAUUUCUUCAGAGACAUAACUUCAGGCCUGAGGUUUUUGCAUCACAAUAACUUCAUUCACAGAGAUCUCAAGCCGAGCAAUUGCUUGCUUCACACGGUUGGUGGCGAGACAAGAGUCCUCGUCAGCGAUUUCGGAGAAGUACAGUACGAGUAUGCAGCACGCAAAUCCACUGGCGCAACUGGUACAAUAUCAUAUUGCGCGCCCGAAGUCCUACAGCGCAUCUCACCUGAAGGACCGUUUCGAAACUUCACAUCCAAAUCUGACAUCUUCUCUCUUGGGAUGAUCCUGCAUUUCCUGUGCUUCGCCAAUCUACCGUAUCUCACAGCUAACGUCCUGCACGAAGAGCGUGAAGACGUUGAUGAAUUGAGAGCUGAGAUCAUGCGCUGGGAAGGUUUCGACGACCAACACAGAUUACGUCCCGAGUUGCCUGCCGCACUGUAUACCUUUCUCAAACGUCUUCUCUCUCUGGAUCCGGAGCAACGACCAAGCGCAGAUGAUGUCUUGCAGGUCGUUUUGUCAGGCAGACUCGAUGAUAUCCCCCCGGCAAGAAGGCGCAACUCGAUGGAACCGGAGGAACUCACACCAGGCCGCCGUAUUCAGAGACUAGAUACACCACAAACGGGUAACUCGCCACAACGCAGUGUGCAUGAGCACGUACCCCGACGGCCGCGCACGCGGUUCUGGCAGAACAGGUCGGGAUCGCCAGAACGCAGAAGGACUUCUUCGACCGACCGCAGUUCGAGUCGGAGCGAAGACGAUGAUGGACAGCCUCCAAGGAAAUCAUCAUUCAACCGUGCAAAACAAAGCUUGAGAACGGGCAGCACAAUCAUCCUCCGGCCCAAAAACGCGUCCACGUCGCCAUCUCAGCCGAAUUCUCCGAUCCACAAAUCUCCCAUUGAUACAUCACCUGUUCGUCCGCAGUUUCUGCUCGAGCCUGCGCAUCACGAAGAAGGGCGUGUGGCCCGAUACAUGCACACCAUAUCCAAUGUACUCAACCGUCCGUUGACAUCUCCCUCGAUGCGUCUUGUCAUUCUGGGCUUGAAACUACUCAGCACAUUGCAGCCGUGCUUGUCGUACGGGAUAAACGCCGUCGUCGUGUAUCCCUUGAUAUGCUUUGCGCUACUUGAAUUUUCGGUCGCAGAUCUACGGGUAUGGAAGGCCGCGACUGCCAUGCUGAUACAUUUCGGCGUGAUUGCCGUGGCGUUGAGGACGCACAGUCUGUGCCGGAGUGCGGAGGUCUUUACGUGGGAAGGCUGAAGCCGUUUCCUGCACCGACUAGACGUGAUCAAGUAUCAAAAUGGUCCGUCACCCUGGUGUUAGCAUUGUGCAAGUCCUACGAUGGGUAAUAGUGUGC